CUACUAAACGACGUCGUGUCAAUUUUUUUAAAUGGACAUUUAAAGACUCGAUUCCAGAUUACAGUCAAAGAAAGAGAAUAGUGAGAGAGAUGGAUUACCGUUUAGCAGCGUUGAAGCUGCUGCGUGUACAAUUGAAAGACGCGCGCGAAACUCCUUCUCAAAAUGCAUUAACUCUCGGUGGCAUUCUCUUUCAACGCGCCUGGUUACAGGGCAUUCUGGUUUCCGACGACGGGGAAGGCCGUCUGCUUCUCGAUGAUGGUACCGGUGUUAUCCAACUUUCACUUUCCGGUGAAUUCCGUCAACGCCGUUGGGAUAUAGGGAUGUAUGUGAUGGUAGUGGGUGGAUAUUUUGUAGGAACUGGUGAGACUCCCAUGAUUAAGGUUCAUAAGAUUGUUGAUCUUUCACCAUUUCCAGAUCGAGAAGCCAUGUGGUAUCUUGAAGUAAUGGAAGCUUAUAAGUUAUUCUACCAACCCUUGAUUGAAGAAUUCAUGUGAGUUGAAGCCUUUUGUUUAGAAGAAAAGAGGUUGAUCAACCCAUGAUUGCAAAAAAAAUUGUGGAUCAAAGUGCAUUAUUGCCUAGUAGGGGUGACAAGCAGCUUGUGAUUUGUUGAUAGACCGUAAUCUAAAAAGAAUUGUGUUAUAGUUUUAUCUUCUAAUUUUUGUUAGAUAGCAGCGUUUUUUGGUUUUCAGAUUUGAGAGAUGAACAGAUUAUUGUAAGGCCAUUUUUGGCAAUUUUUGAAGUAACUUUUAGCGUUUGACUAUGGUCAAAACACUAAUUUUAUUAUUUAUAAUGUUCUGUAUAGAGUUGUUUAGAGUUGGAGGAAGUGAAUUAUAUUACUCUUCGCUGAUUUUGCCCA